GUCAUGCAGAGACUUGGAAAUUAUAGUGGGACCAUGGAUCUGUUUGGAGACAUAGAUGACAUUUCUUCAGAGAGUGACGGGGACAAUAAACCACCCAUUUCAGGACAGCCUGUUACUGAUGGACGUGGAGUGCCUCAGGACCAGCAGGAGGAAGAGCCAAUAUCUGAAACCAAAAUAGAAGUAGAAAUUCCCAGCAUCAACUCUGAUUUAGGAAAUGAAUUGUACUUUGUUAAACUACCCAAAUUUCUCAGCAUAGAACCCAAGCCUUUUCAUCCUCAGUAUUAUGAAGAUGAAUUUGAAGAUGAGGAAGUGCUUGAUGAAGAAGAUAGAACCAGGUUAAAAUUAAAGAUAGAAAAUACUAUACGAUGGAGGAUACGCCGGGACAAAGAAGGAAAUGAAAUUAAAGAAAGCAAUGCUCGGAUAGUCAAGUGGUCCGAUGGAAGCCUGUCCCUGCAUUUAGGCAAUGAGGUGUUUGAUGUUUACAAGGCCCCGAUGCAGGGCAAUCACAACCACCUGUUCAUUAGGGAAGACACUGGUCUGCAGGGACAAGCCAUCUUUAAGUCCAAACUCACUUUCAGACCUCAGGCUACAGACUAUGCCACACAUAGAAAGAUGACCCUGCCACUUGCUAAUAGAUGCUCGAGGACACAGAAGAUUAGAAUCUUACCAAUAGCUGGUCGUGAUCCUGAAUGCCAGCGCAGAGAGAUGAUUAAGAAAGAAGAACGUUUGAGGGCUUCUACUCACCAGGAGACCAUCCAUCUGCGGGAAAAGCAGAACCAGCGGGGGCCAAGUGCCCUCUACCAGGGCCCCAGCAAUGAUGAGGAGGGUGAGGCCAGCAAGAGCCAUGGCCGAGGGGAACGCCGAGAGGAAAGGGCCAGAACCUAUUCUUCAGAGCGUGAUGAGGGACCAGAUGAAGAUAAGGCUCAAAGAUCGCCGAGAGCAAAGAAACUCACCAGUGAUGGGGAGGUGAACCCUCCAGAAAGAGGAAAGCAGGCGGCGAAGAAGAAGAGGAUGACUGAAGCAUGAAACGCGUGCUUGCUAAAAACAAUUUUUUAAGUGAAGUGGCAUUUGAAAUGAAGAGCAAAACUGGACAUUACCGAACUUACAGAGAACGGAAAUUGCUAUGGAUUCUAGAAAAACAAUGAUCCUUGUAUCUGCUGGGAGGUAACAGUGAUUCCUGAUUUUAUAAGGAAAAAGUGAGGCAGUCCUGGGACCACAGAGGGAAAAUUUAAAGAUUUUAUGAAACCUCAUGAAUUAUUUAAUCUUAUUUUAAUGGUAGCAAGGGUUAAAUAUAAUGUACAAUAGAAC